CAUGUACCUGGGUGAGAUUGCCCCAAAAAACCUCAGAGGCUUCCUGGGUCUUGUUCCAAGUAUCUUUAUUGGUGUUGGAGUGUUUUUGGCCCAAAUCCUAGGCCUGCAUGAGCUUCUCGGAAAGGAGGAGCACUGGCCUCUCUUCCUAUCGGUCAUGAUUCUCCCCACUUUGGUCCAGUUGAUGCUGUUGCCAUGGUUUCCAGAGAGUCCCAGAUACCUGCUGAUUGAGAAGCAUAACAUCCAUGCCACCAUCACAGAAUACGGCGGGUCAGAUCGGCCAUCCAUCAUCUGGCACCAGUUGCACAUCAACCACUUGCCCAGCCAAGAGGCCCUCAGCUUCCUCAGUCCUGACAAUGAUACAUCAGACAGAGAGAACAAGAGAAAAGUUCAUUACAUGCAGAAAAUGGAUUCUUUGCUUCACUUCCCAGGUGUGGACCACAGCUAA